CUAUUUUAGUCUUAUUUCUAAGUUUCAGAACAUAAAGUACCCAGCCUUCAGUGUUUUUUUUUACAGCAUCCUGCCUUCAGUGUUUAUUACAAAAUCAAGAAACUUGAUGAUGGGUGUGGGUAUAGAAGUAGCGUGAAAAGGAAAGACGUGCCACAAAACUAUACGGAACCUAUAGACUCUGGAGUCUGGACUGAAAUCGAAGUCGAAGCACGCAAUGGGCAACGCUCAGUCACCUUCCAACAAUGAUCCUCGAUAUGUUUCAGCAACCAGAGCUUUUACUCAAAAGGAACUUGAAGACUUGAGGUCUCUGUUCAACAAUCUGGCUAAUCAAUCCCAGAGCAACGGGAAAUACAUCCCUCCCUCCGUUUUUCAGUCAUAUUUUGGAUUUCAUGGCCCUCUUGGGGAGAGGAUGUUUGAUUUAGUUACUCAGGAGCGCAAGGAUCAGAGGCUAACCUUUGAAGACCUCGUGGUUGCUAAAGCUACUUAUGAGAAAGGGACAAAAGAUGAAAUUGAAGAAUUCAUCUUUCGCUUAUUAGAUGUAUCUGGAGAUAAUUUUGUAGGGAGGUCUGAUUUGGAAACUGUUAUGAUUGCCAUUUUUAAUGAUAUAUUACGCAUAAAAGGUUCUGAUGAUAGAUCAAGUUCACAUGAGGAUAUUGUCAACAUAUUUCUGAAUGCUGCAAAUUUCUCCAAGCAUGAUGGAGGGGGCACUGAGGGGACAAUGUCUUUUGAAGAUUUCAGAAGCUGGUGUACUCAUCUCCCCUCUGUGAGGAAGCUUCUUGGAAGCCUGCUUUUGCCACCUGAUUCAGGACGACCUGGUUAUCAGAUUCCUAAACUAUUGACUUCGAAGGCUAUUGAUUCUAACAUUAUACUUUUGAGAAAGGAAUAUACUUGGCAUAUUGGAGGCGCACUCUCUCACCAAGACCUGGAAGAUUGGAAUCUUUUGUAUCAUAGUUCUGUUAAUGGUCUUAGUUUUAAUACAUUCCUGGGCAACAUUUCAAACCAUGCAGGCCCAACUGUGUUAAUUAUUAAGGAUAAAGAAGGUUAUAUAUAUGGAGGGUAUGCUUCUCAACCAUGGGAGCGUCAUGCUGAUUUUUACGGAGACCUGAAAUGUUUCCUUUUUCAACUAAAUCCAGUGGCAUCUAUAUUCAGGCCAACUGGAGCAAACAAUAACCUACAAUGGUGCGCUAUCAACUUCAGUUCAGAGGACAUUCCAAAUGGCAUUGGUUUUGGGGGACGAGUGAAUCACUUGGGUUUGUUCAUAUCAGCAAACUUUGAUCAAGGACAUACAUUUUCGUGUACCACGUUUGGUAGCCCUUGCCUCUCCAAGACUAACCGUAUAUUACCAGAAGUAAUAGAAUGCUGGGGAGUCACUCAAGAUGCGACACAAGACAAGAAUGAUGCUGUCAAGGGCACUAUUCUGGAGAGGUUCAAGGAAGAUCGCAACAUGCUCAAAAUGGUAGGCCUAGCAAAUUCCAGCGAGUAAAGUAUUGCUUGCAUGCGUGUGAUAUAAUCCACCCAUUGGCGUUUUAAUAUCAUUGUUCAUAUCAUAGUAAUCUUUGUUAAAUAACAUAUUGUGAAACCUUUUUUUUUUAUAAUUCUUUUUGGUACCUUGAGAAUAAUAAUUAACAUACAUUGGGGCUACAUUGUACUUGCAAUCUUGCAUGAUGGAUACCUGCGAAGAUUUUUUCAGUAUCCUAACAACAUAUUAUUUAACACAUUUAUUUUAGUA